GAGUACCUGCACGGCUUUCCAUGCACAAUCGGACGGUCGCUUGCUUACCAAGAUGCUUAGUUACGAGGCGUACGCGUUGUGGCAGAAUGACAAACCAAACGCGAACAACAGACGACGCUAAUCCACACAGGAAGCCAAGAAAUCCCAGGCGGGGACGGAAGGCUCCGUAUGUCUUUGAAUAUUGAUUGAUGUACAAUAGGUUCCCGAGACUCCCCGCUCCGAGGUUGUUUUGACUCAUAAUCAUGAUCACUGGGUGAUCUUAAUAACCGUGGACCGUUCGGAUACUACCGCAGAAAGAGAAUCGUGAGAGUCUCAAGAGCAAUUCGACCAGAGAAACAUGGCGCCAGCAAUCGACGCUGUUAACUACAGCAUGGCCCCGGUCAAAGAAAUGACGGCCACUGCGUUGCAGUUGCGGACGAUAACCCUCCUGGAGGAGAUUGCGCGAUCGCAAACAGUCUUAAAUGGGAGACUCGACGCGGUGGAGAGACUACUUACUCGAGAAGAGCCGACGCUCUACUUUCCGCAAUUCCGACGGCUACCGCCUGAAAUUAGACACCGGAUCUGGUCCCUCGCGAUUCCCGUCCGGAUCUUGAGGCCAUGGAAGCGGGAUGACAAGAAGAAGCACAUCACGCCGCUCAUGGGCCCACCCGCCAUCGCCAGGGCAUGCCGUGAGGCGCGCGCGAUAGCGACGCUGUACGGGGGGGUUGUUUCUCUCACGUACGACGCCGCCGACGACUCGGAGAACCCGGCGAGGACGUCGCGGUACUGGUUCGACAGCCGGCGCGACGUCCUCGAGCUCGACAGACGAGUCGAUAUCGAGGGCGACGAGCCGCGCGGUAUUAGGGACCUCGUCCGCCGGGCACGGCACAUCCUUGCCUCGCGCGCGGAGGCGGCGUGGUUCACGCGCUUGUUCCGGAGCGCGGCCCGCCUAGAAAGGGUGAGCGUCAAGUUGGACGUCGUGUCUGUCGGCCCCUGCACCUGGGACCUGGGCGUUGUGAGGCGGUUGUUUGGGGACGCCGGCGGCACCGUCGUCACGAUGGACGUUGAGGACGCGGACGAGGUCGCGCGCGUCAAGGGGUGUUUAGGGGGUUAUUGGCGCAGCCCCGUGUUCUGCGCGUUCAACCUGGAGGCGUGGGCGAGGGAGAGGGAGACUAGUGCCGGUACGGCGACGGGCGUCAGAGACGACGGAUGGAUGCGACGGUUGGCUGGGGCGUGGAUGAGCGAGGUUGCCACGGGCUGGGUCAUGGCGAAGGCGGCGGAGGCGACAUCAGAAGGGCAGCUGGACAUGGAGGGGUCUGAGGCGGAAGAAGCGUUGGCUUCGGCGGCGGCGGCGGCGGCGGCUGCGUUGGAUGUAGAGAAUGGCUUUGUACGAGCUGCACUGCUGGUCAUGCCCGAAGUGAAACUUGUGAGGGCGUACUGCCGGGAUGAGAUGCACGAAGUUUGUCGUCCAUGAUAUCUACCGUCACUUAAAAUGAAGACUGCGGCGUUUCUGUCACGCAGAGAACGAUGGCCAAAGGCUGAGAUGAAUCAAUUCAAGGACA